UGUGUGCUGCCAUCUACGAAUGCUAGUGAUGUAGAAGGAAGCAAGAAUUCAUUCGAAAUCAGUUUCAACAUGGCGUUCAAUGGUGAAGGUCCGAUGAUUAAGCGUCAGCGAACUGAUUUGGAAAGUGGUCAGCAUAGGAAUCAUGGUGACCAAUAUGCUGCUUAUGGAGAUGAGCCCAGAAGAAAAAGAACGGAGAAUGAAAAGCCAAAUCAUGUGCUUUUAUUCACGGUAUUGAACCCCGUGUACCCCAUCACAGUGGAAGUGCUUCACACCAUUUGCUCACCCAGCGGCCAAGUGCUUCGCAUUGUGAUUUUCAAGAAGAACGGUGUUCAAGCUAUGGUGGAGUUUGACAGCAUUGAAUCGGCAAAAAGAGCCAAAGAAGCUCUGAAUGGUGCCGAUAUUUAUUCAGGUUGCUGCACGUUGAAGAUAGAUUUUGCGAAGCCAACUAAACUGAAUGUUUACAAGAAUGAUGCAGAAAGCUGGGAUUACACCAAUCCAAAUGUUGGGAUCAAACAAGAGCUUCCUGUUGCUGGUCGCCCAGCACCACUUCUACAAGAGCCGCGGUUUGGCGCUGGCCCUCAGCCUUAUCGUGGGGAUGGAAUGCGAGGUGGUGGCGGUGGUGGUGGAGGUGGUGGUAUCCCACCAUAUGCGCCUGUUCCUCCUGAUCGCUACGAUGAUGGUUAUCAGAAUGGACCUGGUUCUGGUCCAUAUCCUGACCAUUAUCCAGAGCGCUACCAGCCUGUUGACAGAUACGCUCUGAAACCUGAUUAUGGAAGAGAGCCAAUUCAUCCAGCUCCUCCAAGACCAGGAUUUGGGCCACCAGCAUUGGCACAGACACCAGGUGGACCUGCUCCUGCGGUGCCACAGCAAGGCUCUGUGAUGAUGGUUUAUGGGUUGAAUCUUGAAAAAGUCAAUGCAGAAAAGCUCUUCAAUUUGUUUUGCCUUUAUGGCAAUGUUUUGAGGAUCAAAUUCUUGAAAACAAAAGAGGGAUGUGCAAUGAUCCAAAUGGGUGAUGGUUUGGCAGUAGAACGAUGCAUUCACAAUUUGAACAAUGUUCCUCUUCUGGGCUCCAGACUGCAGUUAGGGUUCUCCAAGCAAGCAUUUUUGAGUGAUGUGCAAAAUCCUCAUCCACUACCAGACAAGACACCUUCUUUCAAAGAUUUUAUGGGGAACAAAAACAACAGGUUCAUUAAUCCAGCCAUGGCCAGUAAGAACAGGAUACAACCACCCUCAAAGAUAUUGCAUUUCUUCAAUACACCUCCAAAUUUGUCUGAAGAUACACUGAACAAAGUAUUUGAGGAAAAUGGUGUUCCACCACCUAAGACAGUUAAACUUUUUCCUCUUAAAACUGAUAGAAGCUCUUCUGGUUUAAUUGAAUUUGAAGAUAUUGGACAGGCUGUUGAAGCUCUCAUGAUGUGCAACCAUGUGCCAAUUCAAAAUCCAGGUGGAAAAUUUCCAUACAUCAUGAAGCUUUGUUUCUCAUCAUCACGUCAGAUUCCAAAUUCCAUGCGCCAUGGAAGUGAUCAGCAACAGUCAUCUCAGCAACAACAGUCUCAGCAGCAGUCACAACAGCAAGACGAGAUGCAAAACAACGGACAGUAGACACUUCUCAGCUUUCUCAUAAGGUCCUUUAAUAUUACAUGCUUAAUUAAGUUGCAGCUCUUAGUGUUAUUUUUUUCACAUGAUAAAAUUCAAUUAAAAUUUGUAUUAAAAGACCUCUGUAAAAAAUCUUUUAGAACAGCCUGAAUGCUCACUCCAGUUACUUUUUUUCCCAUGCAUACUUCACAGAUGAGCAUGCAAGUCAACUUUUUGUUGAUUAUCAGAGUAACUCGUAUAAAGCUGUCUGCUGUAGUUCUUUCAUGUGUAACAUGUAGGGUAAUUUACGUUACUUAGAGCAACUGUGUGUCUAUAGAUUUCUCUGUUUACAGAUAAUAUUCCUUUCUUUCAAAAAGACAAGACCUCAUCAGAUAUAAAUUCCCUUCCAGUUAGUUUAAGAAACACAUACAGUGAGAAGUUUUAUAAAACACCAGCUGUUUCAAUGUGAUUCUAAUUUUGAAUAUUUGAUCAUUUCCACCUCGCAGUUGGCAAUAAUACUAUUAAAUUUAUUCGGUUUGUGGUAGCAUUUGAGAUACCACUUUCUUUUGACAAGAGUUUUUUCCUUGCUCUCGUGUUACCCAUUGUCUUUUUCAUUUCUUCUUUGGUUUUUCAUAUUCAUUUAGAAAUUAUGUAACACUUUUAUCUACACAUGUAAAACUUCCAGAACUGUGAUUGAAAUGCUAAUGUAUAUGUUUGGAUAUUUUCUCUUUAGCAGCACUUGAUUAAUUUUGUAUCAUGGUUGGAAUUUUAUUGUUUCCAUUAUUUGCUGCAGAAAUGUGGAGUUGUAUUUUACUGUAUGAUACAACAACAGUAAUCGGUGUUAAAAAUUUGGCAGUGAUUGAAAGAUAAAGCUAAGCUAGAGAGCAAGUGGAAAAGUUCAAAUUUACAGUGAUCAACACAAAGUGAAGGAAGGCCAAAAGCGCAGCAAAUAAAUGGUGCCAUAGUCAUUGCUGCAAACAGACUUAACACAAAUCCUCACAUUAAAGUGUGAGGUGAAUCUAAAACAUAUCAAUAUAGUGCUUAUAUAUACAUAUAUAUAUUUAACAAAAAUCUGGAAAGUAUACUAUUUUGAAAGUAUCAUUCCAUAAUUUUUAAAGAUGUAUUGGUGUUUUUUACAUAUUGAAUGUGUAGUGUAUCCAUGUCUUAUAGCGAGUACAUUUGCUGUCCUGCACUCCUUGGUCUUCCUGCAGACUUUGUUUUAGGACGUUAAGUUCAGUUUUGUUCUGCUAAAUGGAUGUGAAACUUAUAUUUUGAGAGAGAAAUAUUUAAAUGUACUUUCAGUACGAACCACUGCUUAUGAAAGACAGUAGUUUAAGGUAGUAUUAUUUUUUAAGGCAUUGGAUAAAGGAUCCUAACCGUAAAUAAGGUUCCUGUGUCCAGGUUGUAUAAUUAGACCUAUACCCGCAUUUUAGGUGUCCAUUACUUUUGUACUGAUAAGUUCAAAUAAAAUUUUCCUUUACAUUA